CAGGUGAGCUCAUACCUCUACAUGUGUGGGACGAUCGAAGGUUCUCGAUCACCAGUCCUGAAUAUGUGUACCGGCAGGAAAACCAUAGAAUCGAUUUGUGGCUUUACCGGGCUAAUAUUUACAAUCGUAAAUAUUCGGAUGAUCGCGGCCGCGACUUCAGUGUUGCAGAAAGCUGUUCUUGAAGAACCUGUUGAGCUGGUAUAUCGGUGUGACAUCCAUAACAUCGGCGGGGUGAUGUUGACCAACUCUGAUUCAAACCAAUCAGCAUAUGUCCUCCUGUACCACGACAACCGCCAAGAUCCGACCAACCAAAUUCCAUUGUAUCGGGGCAAAGUGGACCUGGACGACAGACGGAUGACUAACGGCACCCUGGUGUUCACGCUUCAAAACAUGAACAACAGCUUCGUGGGAAAAUACUACUGCUACGUUUUCCAGAAUGGUGAAAGAAUCCUAUUAGGCACCAUCGACCUGAGAGCUGAAGACUCAGCUGAGUUUGGUGGAAUCAACUUGCAUCACAAAAUUUGGCCUGUAAUCUCUGUCAUUUUUAUAUUUUUAUUUAUUAUUUUGGUCAAGAAAUAUCGAAAACAUUUGAAUGUGGAAAUUUUAAAAUUUUACUACAAGUCUUGUGAUAAUGAGACGCAAACUGUUGUAUAGAGUUUUUCUCAUGAAAAAUAAAACAAAUCA